AUGAUUAACUUAGAAGAUUUAAUAAAUUUAGAAAAUGGAAAGACAAUAGAUAUAAAAGAAGAUGAAAGUGUGAACAAAGUAUUAGAAAUGGUUAAAGAUGAUGUUGAAGAUUUUGUAAACAGAAAAGAAGUCAAAAAGAUAGAUAAGACUAAAGUAUUAGAAAACAGUAAAUUAGGAAGAAAGAUAAGCAAAAUAGUUAGUAAGAGCGGAAUAGUAAAUCAAACAUUCAAAGUAAAAUUACAAGCAGAAUUUGAUAAAAAGAUGCAUAGAAUUAAAAGAAUAAAAAGUGCUUCAUUUAGAAAAGCAAAAAAACAACAAGAACUUAAAAAUAAUUUGUAUGAAGAACUUAACUCAACAUCUACAAUUAGUGAGGAAGAACAAGAAUAUGUACCACUGAUUUCUAUAAAUAAUUCAAAGAUAAAAAUAAAGAAAGAAAUUAAUAAAGAAUUAGUUAGUGAUGAAUCAAAUCAAGAUUUUUAUAAAGAAAAACAGGAAAUAGUAAAUAGAGAAGCACCAAGGGAAGACAUUAAAGUCUUACCAGGAUGGAACAGUUGGGCAGGUCCUGGACUCAAAGUUAAAAGAACUAAAUACAAUACAAUAAGAAAUGAAAUUAAAGGAAUAGAAAUUUCUAAAAGAUCUGAUUUUCAAAAGUCUAAUUUAAUAAUCAAUGAGAAAGUAAAAUACGAUUUAAAAUAUAAGUGUGAUAAUUUAAAGAGUGAACCAAGUGACUAUAAAACAAUGAAAUUGAAACUAAAAAACAAUAAAGUUAAUGGAUUAGAUUACGAUGUCAAAGAAUAUGAAAGUUAA